AAAACAAAAACUAGGGAGGAAUGACAGUGAGUCGGGAAGUUAAUUACCCUUAUAACCCCCAUCCAUCGGGUAAUUUUUUAUGCUCACCUUGCCCAUUACUUUUCAAGUAAAAAUAUACGUUAUCCUUACCCUUAUCCAUUAGACCAUAAAACCAGGAAUCGACAUCAAAUUAAAGCAGCUUAAGAAAAAACUAUUUAUCAAAUUAGCAGAUUGAAAAAAGAAGAGGAGAGAUGACAACGGAAGUAGCUGUGGCUAUAGAUGAACGUGUUGAGGAAAUGAGGGAAAUGAGGGAGCCUUAUGUAAAGGCCUUGGAAAAUGACGGGAAAAACAUUAAAACACUGUAUCAGACCGAACAUUGUACUUUAUUCUAUCCCCUCACUCCUUGCGGAGAUACUGUUUUCCACAUUGCAGCACACAUGGGAAGCAAAGAUCUGCUUGGAGAUCUCUUGGAGGUUGCAAUUGAUAGAGAAUGUGAGGUGUUCACGAAGAAGAACAGUCAUGGUAACACCCUUCUCCACGAGGUGGUCACGAGCAACAAACUUGAGGCAGUACAAUUCUUGUUUAAGAAGAUUGCACAUGAAGAACGAGCGAGUAUGCUGAUGGACCGCAAUAAUUUAGGGGAGACGGCGCUAUACAGGGCUGCGGCAUUUGGCGAUAAAGCAACAGUGGAGUACUUAGUAGAGGAGGUGGAACGUCAAAAUGGAAAUCUGAAAGAUGAUCACUUCACAAGAACAUCUGAUGGCCUCUCCAUUCUUCAUAUUGCUAUCAUGAAUGAAAAAUUCGCUAUUUCGUUACUAAAAAAAGAUUCAGAGCUGGCGACAAAGAAAUGUUCUGGGAAGACAUGUCUUCACAUUGUCGCUAGCAUGCCGACUGCUUUCAAAAGUUCUUCUUCCAUAAUGUAUGGAUUGGAGAUUAUAUAUAGAUAUAUUCCCGACGACUUAGUCUAUAGAGAUGAAAUUGAACAGGAUGUACCAAGUCAGAGCAGUAAGAGUAGCAUACGCUGUCCAACAAUGAUAAAGAAUAUACGAUGGAAUUUUAUUAAGGAAAUUGGGAAAACAAAAAGGAAGCAUCGAUUUGCAGUUAAAUUGGCCAAGACGCUGGUAAAGAUGGAUUCUUGCUCGUGGCGUGAACACUACAACGAAGAAGGGCACAACGACAUUGUUUGCUUUUCAGGAGACGAAGAAACAGGGGAGCCGUCGUCCCAAGUCAUAUGUGUUGGCACCACCGCCAAGAUGCUGGCUGUUCUUCCCCUUCUCCAUCCCAUUCUCCUCCAUUACUGGCAAACUCUUCUUCCCCUCUUUUUCUCCGGCAUUGGUGAUCUUCUUCCUUUCAUCUGUGACUUCUUCAUCCCAUCAUUGUCCCUCGAUCUCUUUGGUUCAAGCCUUUCUACCCUAGCUCUUCCCUUCAAUAAAACCCAGUACCCAACUCUAUUCUUGAUCUGGCUUUCACUACAUUUUGGCAUCCUCUCACCCCUGCCUCUUUCUUUCUCUACAGCCGUUGGGGCUAAGCCUUCCUCUCCACUCGUGCCUCAUUCCCUUCCGAUUGAACCAUAGAAAACCCAAUGGUCUCCAUCUAGGUUUGGCAAUAGUGGAAUAGUUGCGCGCCCUGUCGGAAAUGAAAUCCAGGUCUGACAGGGGGCAUCAGUGCGACGAGGAUCGGUGGUGUCUUCAUCGACAUUUGAUGGGCGCAGUGGUAAUGCACGAGAGAGAGAAACCUCCCUCCCCAACCUUUCCACGCACAGCCUCUGAUCUGAUGAAUCCUUUUCAAGCUUUCAACUAUCUUAGUGAUGAGAUUGAGAUUUCAGAUCCAAAAUCAUGAGUAGGGGAAAACGAGUGGAAAAUUGUCGAGGGUUUUUGUUUGUUUAGUGAGAGAGAAAGUGGAGGAUCGAGGGAUGGGAUUCUAGUAUGAGUGAGAAUGAAGGUAAGCUUAGUUUAAAUGGUAACAAUAGGAGAGUGAACAGUUGGCAGUGGUGAUGACUGUCUCUCUGAGCACUGGGAUUCUCAUCUCCAUUUUUACACCUGCAGAUUGAAGGCAAAAGAAACCAUGAAUCACAAACAAAAGGGCGAAUAUUUGGGCUUCUCAACUCAAACUUUGACGUAUUAUGACCUUGACAUGAACCUCCUCAACUCCGACCUAACCCCAAUCUUCAAUUUUGGAAGAGGAAGAUCAAUAAUUUUUGCAGAAGAUGCUUAUUUUUGUUUAUGGGAAGAAGGUCCAUGGCUAGGUUUCAAAUG